CGCAACGCGCGAACGCACUAUGGUCGUGAAGCUGCUCGUAUAGUACGUACGCUAUUCCCCGCGCGUUGCAAUGGAGUGCCAUGAUUCGUGGGUGUACGGUGCUAUGAAUCGUUAAACAGAAAUCGUGAACAGUGCUCCUCAUCAAAUCGGUGCGAGAUCGCAUCGACGUGAGCUUCAUCGUCGUGAUCGUCAUUGAGAAUUCCAUCUCGCGACAAGCAGCAGCGCGAAAAAAGGGUAACUGUGUGACAUCGUGGUACAGUUGGCGGCUGUUGUAAUCGUCGUCGACGUCGCAACGGCGGCCAGAGGCUUUUAUGAGGGAACGUGACAUUCCAUCGAUACGGCUGCGUGCCGUCUGGAUGACUAAACAACGGGGAAUGUUUUCUCUUAUUGAACCGGAGAAAUUUCUAGCAGUCCUUCGAAUGUAGCUUUCUUGCGUAUAUUAGAGAGGUUGAAAAUAUGUCGAGUUCAUAUAUUGUCGAACCACAGGAUGGUGGUUCUGAGAAGAAGGAUGACACAUUGAUCAUCGUUUUCAAUGACGAUGGAACAAUAUCUGUUGAUCAGGCAACUUUGCAGAAUUUAAUAAUGAAUCAGACGAAUGCUAAUGUUAGCGUGGUAAGACUAGGACAAACUGAGGCAGAUGUUGAAAAUGGGGACAUUACCUUGACAGUAGACCCACCGCCAUUUACACAUCCAACAGCGAGCUCGGUAAGCGCCAAUGCCAGUACCGACCUUGGUGGGUUGGUAGAUCCUUUUAUGGAGAUGGAUCCAGAACAACUGGAAAGAUUAGAGACAGCUCUCCAAAGUGAAGAGGCAAAGCAGAUACUCGGGGAAAAUGUCACUGCAAUGCUUGAUAUGUUGUCUGUAGAAGAGUUACAAAAUUCAAUACGAUAUAGCAUACAAUUGGACCAUUGUUACACAACUAGAUUGUCACCCAGUGAUCCAAUACCGAGGGACCCAUUACCGAUUGCUGAUUCGCCCGAAUCUAAUGAUGUGCAGUAUAUCCAUCAACCAUCUUCUCCUCGAACACCUGUAAUGUCAUCAACUGUCAGUGAUGUAGAAAAUGUGGGAAUUAAGGGCAAGAAUACCAUCAAGAAUGUAAAUGUAAAGCAGGUUGGUAGACCAGUACGUAAAGCUUCUGUAUCUACACCUACAAAUGUAAAUGUGCUUCCAAAAGCUAAUACAAACAUUGGUGGAACACCCAAAUUAUCGGGACAUACUGUUUCAAGAAAUAUAAUAAAUAUUCAGCAGACAACAACCAAAGCACAAAAGAAUAAUGAAGAAGAGGAUGAUGAUGAACUUACAGACUCAUCUACAGAAUCUUCUGAAUCAGAACCUCCAUCUGAUAAUGAUAAUGAUUCAGAUUUUGGACCUCGUAACACAAAAAGAGCAAAUAUCAGGGCUCGAGGAGGUCGGAAGGGUCUUACCACAAGGGGUGGUAGCAUGGCGGCUUCUCGAAGAAGAGGUCAAAAUAAACAUUUAGAUAUGGAGCAAGUGCGACGAUUAGACAUGGAAAUGGCUGCUGCAGUUAGUGAGAUGAAAGGUUCCGAGAAAGAUGGCAGAUCCGAGCGAUUUAGUCCUACCAAAUCUAAGAGGUUGGUGAAAACUCUUAAUAGUAAGAAGAAGGAGGAAUCACAGUUUGUGGAGACAUCUUCAUCUGUAUCCGAAGAGACGCCGGUGGUGCAGGAGAAACCUCUGCAAACGACGAAUCAAGUGAAAGCAAAUCUAAUUAACGCUAAUAUGAUUAAGGGCGACAUGAUAUUGACCAAACCUGGUCAAGGAAGAAGUACUCAGAAGGUUACUUUUGUUCAGAAGCAAGUUUUGAUGAAACCGAACGAGCUAAAGAGCAUUGGUAUUAAGAAGCCAGUAAUGGUCUCUAAAGGGAAAUUCGUUAAUCAACCGAACACAAAAAUCUUUGCGACUAAAGAUGGGAAAUUGAUACAGGUACCAAUAAUAUCGAAAACGGUCAUUCCGAAUAUCAGUACGCAUGUUGUUCAAGCGAAGACAACAACACUCACACAGCAGCAAACGUCUGUGAUAACGCAACAACAAUCUAUGCAGGGCGUCAAUCAAGGAUUGCCGGUGCAACAACAAUUGAAAACUAUCAUAUCGGCUAGCAGUAGCACACCGACAAAGAUCAAACUUAGUGAUAUGAAGAAAGAAAAGAGAAAAUUAGAUGGUAGCACAGAGUCACUAUCGAAGUCAGAAGACACUCCUGUGAAGUUUGCGGAGAACAAGGCAGUAGAAAACGCGAAGAAAUAUCUUAAGAAGGAAAAUAGGAAACCUCCGGCGUAUGUAGCAGAUACUCUAGGUCCCGCGCUUUUCUCGACACCAGACAUAAUACGACGUGUUGGUACGAAUGAAGGAAAAAUGUCGGAUAACGCUGCGACACCCACAACACCUCCGGCAACGGUGGUAUCUGCAUCCGGGUCCUCAGUCGCUUCUAUUUCGUCAACGACAUCGUUGAACAUGAGCACAUCUGCUUCGAUUGUAGCGCAGAACGUUCCCAGUUUCAGUAAUAAAAAGACGGUGUCAAGUACCGUAGAAUCGUCCGUUCAAGCGGAAUCACGAUUAAGCCUAGACGGUAGCAACACAGCGUCAGCGGGUGAAAACGAAUCGAAGUCAGCGACUAAAACACCAUUGGCUGAAGAAUUGCAACCAUCUUUAGAUACAGUGCCAAAAACCGCUUCGUCAGAGGGAAAUAUUCAACCCGUGGUACCUCAUGUUCCAAAUCAUGUUGUUUCUAAAAGUAGUGGAAUAGAAGGUGAGGAACAUUUAUUGGCCACCUUAGAGAUGGAAGCCAGUAAACAUGAGGAGGAACUACUCGCUGAAGCGUUACUACUGCAGGAGGAGCUUGGAGUCGACUUGGCUGAUCAUUCUGCGUUAGUGGAUCCUACGCCAGCAGUAUCAGAACCAAUAACGUCUAGCAAUAUGCUCAUGCCUACAUUGAUGUCGUCCGAGCAAGAAUUACCCAAGCCAGUGGAAACAGCGACGAGUGUACAUGCCCAAGCAAAUACCACGCGAGAAGCAGGCAAGAAGUCUAUGAAAGAUGAAAAAGAACCGAUACAAAUCGUCCGGGGUGGUCGUGUGAUCACGUUACCGCCCAUUGAAGCACCUGCUACUAGAAGUAAACGACUUCAAGCAAAAGCUGAGACGCAGCAGAAGAAUCCCGAACCAGCAAAGAAGAUAGAGAAGUUUACCUCUCAAAUUCAACAAAUAAUACAUAAAGAAGAAUUACGAACGAGCGUAAAUGCAGAAGAUGAUGAUGAUGAUGAUGAUGAUGAUGAAGAGAAUUCAGAUUCAGAAGACGAUCCAGACCGAUUAUGGUGCAUCUGCAAACGACCACAUAACAAUCGGUUUAUGAUAUGCUGCGACGUUUGUGAAGAUUGGUUCCAUGGGAAAUGUGUACACGUCAGUAAAGCUAUGGGUCAACAAAUGGAAGAAAAGGGCAUAGAGUGGGUUUGUCCGAAUUGUCUCAGGAAAAAAACCGAGGAAGAGAAAAAAUCGAGUUUACAACAAGCAUCACCUGUAAAACAGAAAAUAAAGAUCGAGCUACCAACGAGCGAUAAUGUGGGAUCGCAGGUUGUCCCAUCUCCGAAAGAGAUACCACCGACAGUGUCGUCCGCUGAUUGCGCUGUCCCAAUUUCUGGCACGAUGCAGUGUGUUGUUUGUAAAAAGGAAGCCAGAAAUUCAAGCAUUUAUUGUUCGGAUGCGUGUAUUCUCGCACAUGCUCAGGAGACUUUGACUAAAGACAAACCUGUACCAACGGGAUCAGGUAUAAAACCCAUAAAAUCGCCUGUGACUCAAGAACCUACCGUAAAAGCGAAACCUGAGGCGAGAGUGAUAGUUUUCGAUAGGAAAACCGGCAAAGUUCUCACCGGCGCGGAAGCUCCCACAAGAUCCAAUUUACGGACAUGGUUAAAGGAAAAUCCAACGUACGAGGUAGUAGGAGCUAGCAGUCUUAACACGCUUCAGAUAGGCGGGAAGCUUGUAACGCAAAUACAAACAACUGGAAAAACUGCAAAAAUUACACAGCUGUCUCCAGUUAAAGUGCAAACCGUGCCAAAGAUGAUCUAUACAAAAGUAGUUGGGUCAAAGCAAACAAUUUUGGCACCCAAUAAAAAGGUUACAAUAAUUCCCGCUAUGCAGCAAGUGAGCAUGGCGUCGAGCAGCAGCAAGCCAGUGCAGCUGAAACAGACAAUAAUCACAACUUCGGGUAAGAGCCCUGUGAUAUUGAAAACAACGUCACCGAAGAGCAUCGCACCAACGAUAUUAAAGAGCCAGGUAACAAGCACGCCGAAGCAGAUAAUAAUCAAGAAGCAAGAACCUGCGAAGUCGUUGCCAUCUCAGUCGAAGCAACAGACUAAACUGACGCCGGUGAAGAGACCCGAAACAGAACCCAUACGAUUAAAUAUUCGGAAGUCGUUGACGGAAUUACUGUCCAGUCGUAUAAAAGAAACCGAGGAUCUGAAGCUGACAGACGAGGAGAUCGCAGAUUUGGCAUUCAAUAUAGAACUUGAGAUGUACAAGUACUUUAAAGAUACUGGAGCUAAGUACAAGGCAAAGUAUAGGAGUUUAGUGUUCAAUAUAAAGGAUACCAAGAACUUGACGUUAUUCCGAAAGAUUGCAGAUCGUUCUCUGACGCCAGAUGCGGUAGUGCGAUUAAGUCCAGACGAGAUGGCUAGUCAGGAAUUAGCGGAAUGGCGGGAGAAAGAAACCAAGCAUCAAUUAGAGAUGAUUAAGAAGAACGAGUUGGAUCUGAUGGCGCAAGCAAAGUCGAUCGUCGUAAAAACUCACAAGGGCGAGCAGAUAAUCGAAAAUGAUGGUGGGAUCGAUCACGUUGAUCCUAAAACGUCGGUGCAAGAUAUAGUUACUGCAUUGAAUAGCGGUGACAGCAUAAGCUCCACGGUUGAUGACAUGGACAAGGAUAAGGACAAAGAUGAUAGAUCAAAGUCACGAACAGACGCGAAAAAAUCCAAGAAUGGCAUGGACGAACGAAGGAAAAAGGACAAAGAGAGAGGCAGGGAACGCGACAGCAACAGGUCAAAGGGCAAGGAUCGACGGGAAAGAAGUCGCAGUCGGCAUCGUCAUAGCAGAGACAGAGAUCGCAGCAAGACGCGCGAUAAAAGUAAGGAGCAAAAGUCGGGCAGAGGUAAGGAGAGCAAACGCGAGAAAGACAAGGAACGUGACAAGGACAAGGUUCGGGAAAGGAAUAAGGAUCGAGACAGAAAGGACAGUAGAGAAAGAGGUAGACAGAACGAAAGAGACCGACACAAGAUGGGCAAUGACGGCCGUAUGAGAAAUCGCAGCACAAGUAGAGAGUCUAAAGACAUCGAUAAGAGAGAGGAUGAGCGUAAGAUGGAGAAGAAGAAAGAAGUCUCACCACCGCCUACCGCGGAGAAACCGAUAGAGGAUCGUCUUUGGCGACAUGUUGAAGACGAGACGACAAACACGAUCGAUGGAAACGACUCUGACGUAUCCGACAGAGAACCAAGUUCCACCGUGACGAUCAAAACUCCUGACAUUAACGAAGAGCCUGAGAGGGACAAAGAGCAGGAAACGGAGACUAGAACAGAAGUGCUGAAAGGAACCUCACAGACCGUGUGGCGUGGUUUCGUUAAUAUGGUCGAUGUUGCGAAGUUCUUCAUCACUGCGCAAGAGGUGAGUGGCAACGCCAAAGAUCUCAUGGACGAUUUACCGGACACCGUCGAUGUAGUCGGCAGGAUCAGUCACGACACCGUUUGGGAUUACAUUUCGAAGAUGAAGAGAACAGGCUCGAAGGAGAUUCUGAUCAUCCGACUAACUGCUGCAAACGACGAGGAAAAAAUUCCUUACAUUACCUUGUACAGCUACUUGAACAGCAGGAGCCGUCUGGGCGUCGUUGGUAAUGUUUCCAAAAACAUAAAGGACUUUUACAUCAUGCCUUUCUCAAGUCAGAGUACGAUACCACCGGUACUUCUACCGCUUAUUGGACCGGGUUUCGAGGAGCAUAGACCGCACUUAUUGCUCGGUAUUAUUGUUCGCAAUAGGAAGAAACGUACGUCAACUAUUCCAUCGAGUGUACCCUCAAAGGUAUCCAAGAAGGAAAAUUCCGACAGAAGUUACACGCCGCCUUUGGUCAACGUGCCGAAAGAGAAGACUUCGGCGUCCUCGUCGUCGCCGCCACCAUCGUCGUCGUCGUCGUCGUCUCCUAUGUUGUUCCAUCACAAAGUAUCCUCCGCAUUGGACUCCACAAAGGAGAAGCCAGCGACGACAGUGACGCAGAUGACUUUAGAAUCUUUGAACAAGGCGCACAUAGGUAUGUCCUCGCGUGGCAUCAUCGACACCGCGACUAUAUGCAAGAUUGUGCCGGAAUUGUCGUCGAAGAUCGACCUUACGUCGUCACCUAGCAAAGUCACUUUAGACGACGGCGAUGAACCGUACAGCCCUGGCGAGAUGGAUGAUGACAUAAACACCAAUGACUCAGCUACCGGUAUCCUUUCGUCCGGCAAGAAUAGCAACUCCACGGAGCUGCAGAGAAAGAUGGACGAACUGAACCGACAGAUUGAGGAGCAAAAGCAACAGAUACAGAGUAUUAGCUCGUCAUUUCUCGGCGAGACGACAGCCACCCUGCCGGGUCUGGGAUUGGAUCCACCGAGCAAUGACUGCGAAGAAGCUUACAGCCCGUCGGAUGUACGUUCCUUCACGCCGCCUCCGCCAAUCUCCAAGUUCGCGCAACCUAUCCUUGACAAGGUCUCGGACAUUACUAUACCGCCGAAUCUGCAGGAGAUCUUAGCGAAUGUGAAGCGGCAGGAAUCAUCCAAAGUGGACCCUUAUCUACCGUCUAAGCCUAGCGCGUCGUUCCUACCUGGAACGGUCAGCACCACAGGGCCACUCUAUCAGAAUACGGAAAAAUAUUCACCGUCUUCAUCUUCUAGAAUCAGCCAACCGGAGAAGAUAACGCCGGAGACCCCGACAAAGGAGAGCAAGAGCACGUUGAGCACCUUGAGUGACUUGGAUCUGAUCAAGAAAGCGGAGGAAGAGUUGGCUGCGGUUGCUGCGGCGACAUCGACGAUACCCAUCGCGCCUGUACCACCGCCGUCAACUUUGAUUACUUCUCCUAGCACUUCGAGUCUUGUACUGACGUCAUCGCCAAUCGCUCCAAUAAGCGAUCUGCCUGUAUUAUCUUCACCACAACCAUCGGUGCUCCCGUCGUUACCGCUCUCGCCGGAAGCUGAAGGGAUUAAAACAGUAUACAAGCCUAGCUCUCAGGAUUCUUUCAAGAAGAGCUACGCACCCGAGCAACCGAAGCCGCCUGGUCUCGAGGACGAGGACUUCCCUGUGUUUCCUUCCACCCCGCCGAUGGCUUUAGACGCUGUUAAAGCUACGGCGUCCGCAUCAGCUCGCUCAAAACUCACCCCCAAGAGCGGCAUUGUGCUGAGUGUCAAGCGGAAGGCGAGCGAUGACGGUAAUACGUGUGCCUCUCCUACCAAAUCGGCGAGGACAAAGUCGCGCUGGGGUCAGGGGCCGCCUGAAUAAAUCGAUCGAAUUGCUGCGAUCAUCAUCGUAUUUCUGUAUACAUAUAUACAUACCGUUCCACAUGCAUUGAGUAGCUACGAUUGUCGCAGAAGAAAUGGAUAACUGUAACUUGUAACAUAAAUGUACAAGAAGUCCGUAACAGUAGAAACGUUCGAGGGCUUCGCUCGAGCGAUAAUUUUGUGUGACGAGAAAGAGAGAGAGAGAGAGAGAGAGAGAGAGAGAGAGAGAGAGAGAGAGAGAGCUGUAUGUGUGUGUGUGUGUGUGUGUGAGAAGGAGAGAGUAAGAGAUAUGAGAAAAUUCGCAUAAUCGAUGAAUGCAUCAUCGUGUGGCAUUUGUAUGUAUUGAAUGAUGAACGAACAUUCGUCGUUGGCUCUUCACCCUCUGAAUUGCGUUUCUGAGAUACACACGUUGUGCAUCUUCAACGAACGUUGGAUGUAGAUAUAUAUAAGAGCUUCUUUACUACUGAUUCACUUUAUAAGAAUGAAAACGCGGCACGUUACACGUGCGGUGCGACUUGUACAAGAGCUUUAUUUGCGAAAGACACUGAGAGCCCUUUACGUCAUCCCACUUCCGGCCCAUUUCUCUAUCCAUUGCAUCCUUUGAUUGCUAUUAAGCGAAUUUUCUACGAACUUUACUCUCGACGAAACGGCGUGUAUCUCUCGAGACUUUUCCAUCUUCCAGAGCUCGGAAUUUACCGGCGAAUAAAUUUCUUUUCUCCGUCUCAGCGAGAGAUACAGAGUAAGUUUUACGUAGGUAAGUUGAUAAAUUUAUCUAACGAUAAGUGUGAAGAUGUUUCUAACGACGGUGGUACAAGUGCAGUUUAUAGGAGCGUUAUCAAUGUGUAUUACUGUAGAAACUGUAGAAGAGCGUGAAAAGUCGCGGCAUAGACACUGCUUGGUUUUCACGCGCGCAUGCGCCGGAUCGUUUGUCAAGAAUGUUAUCAUCCGCGCGCGUGUUAUCCUUGUAAAUACCAAAGCGAAGGGUGAAUAAAAAAGCUCAGCUUUUAUGAUCAUGUUUGACAUGCAAUGUCUCCAUGUAACGGGUAUGUAUAUGUAUAUAUAUAUAAGCGAGUCGAAAAGUCUCUGUAAUAUAUUUUAUUAAAGACUCUUUGUCUCUCUCUGUGAGAAUGGUCAGCCGAAACUUUCACAUUAGGUCGGAUUCACUUUAAAGCCCAAAUUUAUGAUUUCGUUGUCGAAUAAAUAUUGAUCUCUCAGAAACAGCGAUGUUAUAAGGAAGAGUAGAUAUUAUUAGAUAAUUAAUUCGAAAAAAAAAAGAAGAUUAAUCAACAGUUUAUGCAAGUAUAAACUAUCUUGUUCGUUGGAAAUUCAAUUGCUUUACGACGUGAUUCUUCAAUUUUUUGUUUAGGUGCGAUGUGAUAAGUGUUGUGAACUAAAAGUGCGCCAGCUUUUUAAAGUGCAUACCCUGUACCUUCGCCAAUGUACAUAAGGAGUUGUUCUACAUCAAUGUGUUUGAUCAGAUAGCGAUCACAUAUAAAUAAUUUGGCUGUUACAUGUGAUUCAUACAUGUUCUGGCUAAUGUUGGAUGCAUAUAAAUUCGACGACGUGUAUCCGUAUACAUACAAUAUACUAGUUGUAAAUUUAUCAUUUCUCUCUCUUCCAUAACGCGAAAAUUUUACCGAGCCGCAAAGACCCGAGCAUUAUUAUUCAAAGCGUUUAACUAUACACAGUUAUUUGUGGACGAGCGUAACAUAUGAAUUGCGAAGAUCAAAAUUAUCUAAAUCUUAGACGAUCUGUUAUUUGCGACAUUCUUUUGGGAAACUUAAAAAAAUGUGUGCGCACGCGCGCGUGUGUGUAAUUUUCUGAUUCUUCACAUUUCUUUUUCUUUUUUUUUUUCUUUUUCUUCAUAUUAUAUCGCGCAUAAAAUCACAAAAUUUUAUUCCAAUUUUUGUCGCAACUUACAGGUCAUCCAAUAUGAAUUUUAAUAUGCCUCUAUCGAUUUUUAAUGUUUAACGGUGAUAGAACCGUUUACGUUUAUAUUUUAAUGGUAUUAUGUGAUGUUUUCUAAAUCUAACUUUGAAUGUCGUGAUUUAUGUAUAAUUCGCAAAUCAUAUUUUGUAAAAUUUUUCAUUUGAUGAUUUUAAUGAAACUCAAACGACAUUUGCCUCCAUUUGCCAUGCCACGCUUACUCACCUUGUAUUUCGAGAGAUGAAAACAUAUAGCGCACGUUUAACAUGCCGUUCUUAUAUCCUAUGUACCUUCCCAUGUAUGUUUCUUCCAUCUCUAUCGAUUAGCGAAAUGCAAAAUAUAACAUAUACCGCAAAGCAAUCGAUAACAUCGGUCAACGUUUACAUACGAAGUAAUUUUUGCAAUAUCGCAAUUAAUGCGGAAGUCGUAAUUCCGCGUCUCUUUGUAUAAAAUAGUUGUGAACACUUGUGUUUGAAGAUUACAUACGCGAAGAUGUUUUUGUAUUUUUUACGUAUAGUCGAGGAACGUAGAGAAAAGAACUGAAUUUUUAUUUGUCGUUUAUCAGGCUAUGAUAGUGCUGAGCUAAUCUAGCUAUUUAAUUUUAAAUACGAUUAACGAGCAUCAUUAUAAUCUAGCGUACUCUGAUGGGAUUGCUAUAUGUUCGUAGGACACCUUUAUUAUACACUACAUCUACGUUUAAGGAUCAUUUUUUAAGGAUUACUUUUCGUCUUACUUUUCUCCCCCACUUUUGUACCACGAUUUUCGGGUGAUACAGCGUAACGAUUAUUAUAUAUUAAUAUUAUUGAUAUUAACCUCAAUUAUAAAAGUAAUCACGUAUAUGUAUAUGCGACUAUUGAUUUGUUUAAUUGUCUUCUCUCUCCGUGCUUGAACAAUAGCACGCCCGUAUUAUAUUAUUAUGUGUAAAAGCAACAAUUUAUAUUAAUCACAGAGCGUAUUGCGCGACACACGUUACAGAAAAUUUAUAACAAUUUUAUAAAUGCGUGAUUGCACAUAAUAACCGCAUUUAGCGAUUAACUGGCGAAUGUCUAUAAUAAAGGAUUAAGGAAUAA